AUGGCCGAACAGCCCACCGCUGCGAACACAACCUCAUCACCCCCUAAACUCAGUGUUCUGCGACCUGAGGAUGAUCUCCCGCUGUUAGAAGUUGCGGAAGAGGAGGAUGAGGAGGAUUUCUCACCGACGGAUUCCGCGCUUGGCAGCACCGGCACCCAAAGUUACGCCACGUCCCUGCUUUCCGAAGUGAGAAACUACAAGUACGAGAAUGGCCGUCGAUACCACUCCUACCGCGAAGGGCAGUGUGUGCUGCCAAACGACGAACAAGAGCAAGAUCGCGAGGACCUAUUACACCACGUUCGCAAUCUGCAUUUCAGUGGAGAUCUCUUUCACGCCCCGAUCCCAGAGGAUGUUGAGAACGUUUUCGACAUUGGCACCGGAACAGGUAUCUGGGCCAUCGACUUCGCAGACACACACCCCAACGCCCGAGUAAUCGGCACCGAUCUCAGCCCCAUCCAACCCGCCUGGGUCCCUCCGAACCUCGAAUUCUUCGUCGACGACGUCGAAGCCGACUGGACUUUCAAACGAGAUUACUUCGACUUCAUCCGUGCAUGCGACCUUGCCGGUUCGAUCGCCGACUGGCCGAAACUGCUGCGCCAGGCAUAUUCACACAUGAAGCCAGGUGGAUGGUUGGAACUAUCCGACUUUGAGAUGGAACAUUUCUCUGACGAUGACACACUCGAUCUGGCGCCCUCACUGGGCGAGUGGUUCAGACUGUUGAUUGAGGCAAGCUCGAGGUUUAACCGGCCAAUGAAGGUGGCGGCCGACCAUCAGAGAAAUAUGAUAGACGCAGGGUUCACCGAUGUGAAGGAAAAGAUCUACAAGUUCCCGAUGGGUCCCUGGGCUAAAGAAAAGCGAUUAAAAGAAGCCGGUCGGUUCCAUCGCGAAGUCAUGGUUAUGAGUCUUGAGUCGUAUGCUCUUGCGCUUUGUACAAGGGUUCUCGGCUGGUCCCCGGUGGAGGUAGCAGUUUUCUUGGCCUCUGUGCGGAAUGAGUUGAGAGAUCCUAGGGUGCAUAUCUAUGGGAAGUUUCAUGUUGUGUGGGGAAGGAGGCCGGUUGAGUAA